AUGGGUUCUUCAACAGCAGUUUAUCCAGGUACUUCAAUUCCAGUGUCAGUGCUAUCGGCAACGGAAACAUCGUUAACAUCGUCGUCGCCAGUUGUGCACAGUACAGCAGCGGUAUCGAUACGUGAGCAUCCGAGCAACCAGCAGAAGCCUCCAGUUUUCGUCGCUUUGUUCGACUAUGAAGGCCGCACAGAUGAAGAUUUAAGUUUUAAAAAGGAUGAACUUCUAUAUAUUCUCAAUGAUAUGCAAGGUGAUUGGUGGUAUGCGAGAAGCAAAACGACAAAUCAAACGGGAUAUAUACCAUCGAAUUACGUUGCGCAGGAGAAAAGCAUUGAUGCACAACCUUAUUUUUGGGUUGUUUAG